AUGGCGGCGACGGCGGGGAAUCGCGCCUCGUCGUCGGGAUUCCCGGGCGCGGGGACAUCCAGCCCGGAGGCCGGGGGCGGCGGCGGAAGCGGCGGCGGCGGCGGCGCAGGAGGGAGCGUUCCGAAGGCGAGCAGCGCGCCGGCGGCGGCCGCCGCGGGCUUCCUGCGGGAUCCGGGCGGCGCGGGCCGCGAGCGCGCGGACUGGCGGCGGCGGCAGCUGCGCAAAGUGCGGAGCGUGGAGCUGGAGCUGCCCGGCGAGCCGGCGCUCUUCCUGGGCUGCGAGCCGGCGCCCGAACCCGCGGACCCGACGCCGGGCGGGAGCAGCGCUUUGCCGCCCGUGCCCGCCGCGCAGCCGUGUCCCGCCGCAGCCGCCGGCCGCAGCGGCGUCGGUGUCCACCCCGCUGCACAGGCGCUGACCGCGCUGGACAGCGGAGCCCCGUGCAUCGCGGCGGACGAGCCCGGGGAGAAGCGGACGUCCGCUACCGAGCCGUCUCCGGCAGCGGUCCCCUCCUCCGGCCGUGAGAUGGAGAGUAAAGAGACUCUCAAAGGACUGCACAAGAUGGACGACCGCCCGGAGGAGCGGAUGAUCCGGGAGAGGCUGAAGGCCACCUGCAUGCCCGCCUGGAAGCACGAGUGGCUGGAGAGGAGGAACCGGAGGGGCCCGGUGGUGGUAAAACCAAUCCCUAUUAAAGGAGAUGGACCUGAAAUGAGUAACUUGGCAGCCGAGUCUCAAGGGGAGAGCCGGGCGAGCUCCGUCUCACCAGCCCCCAAAGGCCGACGCAGCCCGUCUCCUGGCAGCUCUCCAUCGAGUCGCACGGUGAAGUCGGAGUCUCCAGGAGUCAGGCGAAAACGAGUUUCCCCAGUGCCUUUUCAGAGCGGCAGGAUCACCCCACCCCGAAGAGCCCCUUCGCCAGAUGGCUUCUCCCCGUACAGCCCCGAGGAGACGAGCCGCCGCGUGAACAAGGUGAUGCGGGCCAGGCUCUACUUACUGCAGCAGAUCGGGCCCAACUCCUUCCUGAUCGGAGGAGACAGCCCCGACAAUAAAUAUCGGGUGUUUAUUGGCCCACAGAACUGUAGCUGUGGCCGAGGGACGUUCUGCAUCCAUCUGUUGUUCGUGAUGCUCCGGGUGUUUCAGCUGGAACCUUCCGACCCGAUGUUAUGGAGGAAAACCUUAAAGAAUUUUGAGGUUGAGAGUUUGUUCCAGAAAUAUCACAGUAGACGUAGCUCGAGAAUCAAAGCCCCAUCUCGUAACACCAUCCAGAAGUUUGUCUCACGCAUGUCAAAUUCUCAUACAUUGUCAUCAUCCAGUACGUCCACAUCUAGUUCAGAAAACAGCAUAAAAGAUGAAGAGGAGCAGAUGUGCCCCAUCUGCCUGCUGGGCAUGCUGGACGAGGAGAGCCUGACGGUGUGUGAGGACGGCUGCCGCAACAAGCUGCACCACCACUGCAUGUCCAUCUGGGCAGAAGAAUGUAGAAGGAAUAGAGAACCUUUAAUAUGUCCCCUUUGUAGAUCUAAGUGGAGAUCCCAUGAUUUCUACAGCCACGAGCUGUCGAGCCCCGUGGAUUCCCCAGCCUCCCUGAGGGCAGCCCAGCAGCCGAGCUCUCAGCAGCAGCCUUUGGCUGGGUCACAAAGAAGGACUCAAGACAGCACCUUUAACCCCACUCACUAUGGAACCCAGCAGAUCCCACCCGCUUACAAAGACGUAGCUGAGCCAUGGACCCAGGUGUUCGGGAUGGAGCUCGUUGGCUGCUUAUUUUCUAGAAACUGGAAUGUGAGAGAGAUGGCCCUCAGGCGGCUCUCCCACGACGUCAGUGGGGCCCUGCUGCUGGCCAACGGGGAGAGCGCCGGCAGCUCUGGAGGCGGCAGCGGCGGCCCAAGCGCGGGAGCCGCCAGCGGGCCCCCGGCGAGCACCUCGGGAGACGUGGUGCAGGCAUGCUGCAGCGUCCUGGCCGUCGUCUGCGCCGACCCUGUCUACAAAGUGUACGUUGCUGCUUUAAAAACAUUGCGAGCCAUGCUGGUAUACACUCCUUGCCACAGUUUGGCAGAAAGGAUCAAACUCCAGCGACUGCUGCGGCCAGUUGUGGACACCAUCCUCAUCAAAUGUGCAGAUGCCAAUAGCCGCACGAGCCAGCUGUCCAUAUCAACGCUGCUGGAACUGUGCAAGGGCCAAGCGGGAGAGCUGGCAGUUGGCAGAGAAAUCCUGAAAGCUGGAUCCAUUGGUAUUGGUGGUAUUGAUUAUGUGUUAAGUUGUAUUCUUGGAAACCAAACUGAAUCAAACAACUGGCAAGACCUUCUGGGCCGCCUUUGUCUCAUAGAUAGACUGUUGCUGGAAUUUCCUGCUGAAUUUUAUCCUCAUAUCGUCAGUACUGAUGUGUCACAAGCUGAGCCUGUUGAAAUCAGGUAUAAGAAACUGCUGUCCGUCUUGGCCUUUGCUCUGCAGUCCAUCGACAACCCUCACUCCAUGGUCGGUAAGCUCUCACGCAGGAUCUACAUGAGCUCCGCCAGGAUGGUCACCGCCGUACCCAGCGUGUUUUCAAAACUGCUAGAAAUGCUGAGCGUUUCCAGUUCCACUCACUUCGCCAGGAUGCGGCGGCGUCUGCUGGCCAUUGCGGAGGAGGUGGAAAUCGCCGAAGCCAUCCAGCUGGGCCCAGAAGGCUCUCCGGACGGCCGGCAGGACGGCCUCCCACAGGCGCUGGCCCCUGGCAGCUAUGCCGAGGGUGGCUCCCUCGGGCGCACGGGCCAUCUGGAGAAAGCCGAGAGAGGGCUGUGUGCCCCAAGCCUGAGUGCUAGUUCGGAGGACAUUCCUGACAGACUCGGUGGCCCUUCAGUAGCACCGUGUGGUUCAACAACAGAGCAACCAAAGCCCGUGGUUCAAACGAAAGGCAGACCCCACAGUCAGUGUUUGACCGCCUCUCCUCUGUCUCAUCUUUCCCAGUUAGGGUUCCCAGCCACCUCACCUCCCUCGGCACCUGCCCCGUCUGCACCAGCUGGCUCUGCAACAGACACCUCCAAGCACAGACCUCAGGGCUUCGUCCCCUGCAAAAUACCCUCUGCAUCUCCCCAGACGCAGCGCAAGUUUUCUCUCCAGUUCCACAGAAACUACCCUGAAAACAGAGACUCCGAGAAACUAUCCCCAAUCUUUACUCAGUCAAGACCCCUACCCUCCAGUAACAUACACAGGCCAAAGCCAUCUCGACCUCCCCCGGGUCAGCCAGGCAAGCAGGGAGAUGCCUCGGAGCACAGCAUGACCCUGGAGCUGAGCAGUGCGUCCGUCAUACCCAGUGACGAGACAGUGUUCAGCCCGGUGGAGGACAGGUGCAGGUUAGACGUCAACACAGAGCUCAACUCCAGCAUCGAGGACCUGCUUGAAGCAUCUCUGCCUUCAAGUGACACGACAGUCACUUUUAAGUCAGAAGUGGCCGUCCUAUCUCCCGAAAAGGCUGAAAACGACGACACCUACAAAGAUGACGUGAGCCACCAUCAGAAGUGCAAGGAGAAGAUGGAAGCAGAAGAGGAGGAAGCGCUAGCGAUCGCCAUGGCGAUGUCAGCCUCUCAGGACGCCCUCCCAGUGGUUCCUCAGCUGCAGGUUGAAAAUGGGGAAGAUAUCAUCAUCAUUCAACAAGAUACACCGGAGACUCUACCAGGACACACCAAAGCCAAACAGCCCUACAGGGAAGAUGCCGAGUGGCUGAAAGGCCAGCAGAUUGGCCUUGGAGCGUUUUCUUCCUGUUACCAGGCACAAGAUGUGGGCACUGGAACUUUGAUGGCGGUGAAGCAGGUGACGUACGUGAGGAACACGUCCUGCGAGCAGGAGGAGGUGGUGGAAGCGCUGCGGGAGGAGAUCAGGAUGAUGAGCCACCUGAACCACCCCAACAUCAUCCGGAUGCUGGGCGCCACGUGCGAGAAGAGCAACUACAACCUCUUCAUCGAGUGGAUGGCGGGAGGCUCUGUGGCCCAUCUCCUGAGCAAGUACGGAGCCUUCAAGGAGUCCGUAGUUAUUAACUACACUGAGCAGUUACUUCGAGGCCUUUCGUAUCUCCAUGAAAACCAGAUCAUCCACAGAGAUGUCAAAGGUGCCAACUUGCUCAUUGACAGCACAGGCCAGAGGCUGAGGAUUGCAGACUUCGGGGCUGCGGCCAGGCUGGCUUCGAAAGGAACUGGUGCCGGAGAGUUUCAGGGACAGCUGCUGGGGACAAUCGCCUUCAUGGCUCCUGAGGUGCUGCGAGGUCAGCAGUACGGUAGGAGCUGCGACGUGUGGAGCGUCGGCUGCGCUAUCAUAGAAAUGGCCUGUGCGAAACCGCCCUGGAACGCAGAAAAACACUCCAACCACCUUGCCUUGAUAUUUAAGAUUGCUAGCGCGACCACCGCACCAUCCAUCCCUUCACACCUGUCGCCCGGCCUCCGCGACGUGGCCCUUCGUUGUUUAGAACUGCAACCUCAGGACAGACCGCCCUCCAGAGAGCUGCUGAAGCAUCCAGUCUUCCGUACGACGUGGUAGCCAGUUACUCAGACCAGCUGUAACAGAGACAGGAUGCUCAAUGAGAGAGAGAGAAAGAAGAAGAAAAACUCCUGUGGGGAACCACAUUGAUUUCUGCUGGCCUUCAAACCCCUGGACAGCUAUGAAUGAGGUCAGCGGGGCGCCCUUACCUAAGUAUGUGAUCGACAAAUCAUGACCUGUACCUAAGCUCAGUAUGCAAAAGUCCCCAACGUGUGCAGAAACUGUGAACUGUGCCUUUGGAAGAGCGAGCCCCGGGCGGGCGGGGAAGCAGCGAGGUCGCGUGCUGAAAUCACAGCGGCCUACGUUUAUUAUUUCUUUUCUUGGAGCACUUUUUCAGCAAUAUUAGCAGCUGAGGGGCUCAGGACCUAUUCGAACGUAUCAGUUUUCUCUUCCAUGUCCCACGGUGGUCACGGUGACGCAGUGCAGGCGUUCUACACUUCCGUUUGUCUCCUGUCACUGACGGUGAAAUCAGUCACUGCUUCUCUUAGGCUGGAGAACGCUGUGAGGAGCAGUAAAUACGUGCAUGUGUCUGAGAGCGCAUAACUCCUCCGCGACCCACAGUUGACUUUUUGUGUUUAAUGCCUGGGCAGCUGUGGUUCGUUGUGCAUUUUACUGUUGGCCCAUUCAUUUCGUGUUUGUUUGUUCUUUUUAAAAUCGUGGUUCUGUGCUUUCAUUUCAUCUUCAUUUGUGUUUAAUAUUCAGGGAAAGGUGAUCUCUUCAAACCAGAAAAAAAAAAAAAAAUAGCACUAGGUGUGAACUAGAGUUUAUUAAAUAUCUUGCUAUUGCAAGAGUUUUUAAAUACAGAUUUCAUGUUUUGUUUUUAAAUUGGCAUAUGGUAAAGUACUGCCUGCCUUGAGACAGUUGCUGCUCUUACUGUACAGGUUAACUAUGAAUUCUCUGAAAAUCGGCAGUACUCCCAAGAUCGAGACGACCUUGAAAUUGAUGUGAAUUUUUCAUCUGUUUCCUCCUCCUAACCUGUAGGAACCUUCACUCCAGUUAGAGUCUUACUCUGUUUAACAAUCCAUCAUUCAUUCGGUACCACUGACCACACCAAGGUGGUGCUUCCCUUCUGCCAUGCAGGACGGGGAAGAAAAACAAUCACUCGACUACCAAUCAGUAACAUUUGAAACAAUAAAUUUGCUUUGAACUUGGAAAAUGUUUCGGAAAGAAAAGCCAAGUCAAAUUUUAUAUACACACUCAUUCUUGGAUUUUGCACAAUUAUUGAAUUGUUUUAGUCUGGAAUGGAGCUCAGAUGCAUGGAAUAGCGAAGGGAAAUGGUAGCUCUUUUAUCUUGUGUGUGUGUGUGUGUGUGUGUGUGUGUGUGUGUGUGUGUGUGUGUCUUUUAAAUCAAGUACUGAUUAACUAUUAAAUAUAACUUUGAGAUGUUUUAACUCUUCAGAAGCCAGUGUGAAAUAGAAUUGGUUAUUCUCAAAGACUCAGGAUAAACUAAAUAAGCUAUGUAGAGUACAUUUUAAAUGUACAACACAAAUUGGAAAUAAAGUAAUUAUAAGAUAAGUUUACAGGGAUAUGUUGCAUAUAAUUUUAAAAGACGGUUUUUUUUAUGUGAAUGUGUUUAUUAGUGAAAUUUUACAUUCCUUUGUUUUGGAAGAUUGGCAAUAUUUGAAGAGUUAAAAAUAGUACAGAAAUGUGAAGUUUGGUAACUAAAUGUGUUGUAUUUGACUUUCUUCUUUAUUUUCUUUAAUUUUUUUUUAAUUUUUUGACUACUUAGAAUUUUUACAAUUCUAAUACGAUUGUUUCUAAGUCUCUCAUGUGCAAGCUUUAAAGGACUCACUCUUGCCAUUUUGUGUACUGGAAGAUCUUUGGUCAGACGAAUCGUGUCUGACAGGUGUAAACUGUGUCAACUGAGGACCUACAGCGAAUCAGUAUUACUUUGCAGGUCAACGUGCCCACCGCGUUUCAAACUCAGACUGUCUGUAGAUGUCAAAACCCAUUGGGUUUGAGUUUGUUUGCAGUUCCCUCAGCUUGCUGGUAAUUGUGGUGUUUUGUUUUCAAUGCAAAUGUGAUGUAAUAUUCUUAUUUCCUUUGGAUCAAAGCUGGACUGAAAGUUGUAUUGUGUAAUUAUUUUUGUGUUUUUAAUGUUAUUUGGUACUCAAGUUGUAAAUAACGUCUACUGCUGUUUAUUCCAGUUUCUACUACCUCAGGUGUCCUAUAGAUUUUUCUUCUACCAAAGUUCACUUCACAAUGAAUUAUAUUUGCUGUGUGACUAUGAUUCCUAAGACUUCCAGGGCUUAAGGGCUAACUUCUCUUAGCACCUUACUAUGUAAGCAAAUGUUACAAAAGAAAAGAAAAAAAAAAAAAAAAACUCUGGGUUAAGAAAAUUUGGCUUAAAUAUAUCCUUUGUUAUUUUAAAUAUAUCAAGAUAUUUUAAUUAAAAUUUUUACCCCAUUGAACCAAUUUUAUAGUAUUUGUACCUAUUUUGGUGUUUUGUCUUUAUAGUAAAUAAAAGUUUUUGAACAAAAGUUAA